CAGUCCUCAGGGUUUGACUUUUUCCUGGGAUCAAGGCACCCCUGCUGGGGAGCUCCUCAAUGUGGCAUGGGGUGAUGUAUGCUUCAUGUAACAGUUAGAUGGUCAAAUAGUUAGAUGCUCAACACUAACUCUGCUUGGUGGUUCCUGAGCUUGAUCAGUUGACCAGACUUUGUGUCUGCCAAAGCAAGAGAAGCUAACAAAUGCAAUAGCGAAGUGGAUAGCUACAGACUGCAGGCCGAUAAGUGUAGUGGAAGACGUCGGUCUGAGAAACACUCAACUUUACAACGUGCACCCGCUGUGGCUCUAACUGGGGACUACUGGACAUCACUCUGUAACCAUAACUACCUCGGAGUUACAGCGCAUUAUAUUGAUGAAAAGUGGGUGCUGCAUUCACAUGCUCUGACUGUAAUGAAAACGGACGAGAGACAUUAUGCUGAAACGUGCGCGGGACACUUUAUUGAAGUUGCACAGCAGUGGAAUGUGUCAAAUAAAGUCACCACACUUAGCACAGAUAGUGCACGAAAUAUGAUCGCUGCUGCGAGACAUCUGCCUUUUGAUCAUGUCCCCUGCUUUGCGCACAGUCUCCAGCGUUCUGUCACAGUAUCUCUGCAUAACAGUGCGUUUGACAAUGUCCUGGCCAAGUGCAGAAAAAUUGUGGGGCAUUUUAAACACAGUCCUGCAAGUGCAGCAGAAUUAGAGCAACAACAAGUUGAACAUGGACAGAAGAAGUAGUAACAAACACCAAGAUUGCCAUGCCAACUACAGCUGAAAUGGACAAACUGCAGAGGUUGGAAACGCUACUGGAGCCUUGCAGGUAUUUGACUGAACUUUUGGGAGGCGACAAGUAUGUCUCAUGCUCUGUGGCCCUGCCUGCUUUUUGUCAUCUCUCUCGGUUGAUGGAGAGCUCAGAUAAUGACCCUGCCUACGUGACCACGUUCAAGUCUACAUUCAGAAAAGACCUGGAGACACGCAAGGGAAAUGCCAGCAUUGCAUAUCUGAUGAUUGCUACUGCAUUGGACCCUAGAUUCAAGGACCUCAAGUGCAUACCCAGAGCUGAGAGAAGUGAGGUGUGGGCCUCAGUCACCAACUUAGUCAAGGAACAGAGGGUUAUUGCAGAGAAACCUAUGGAAGAAAACACCUCAGAGCCACCAAAGAAAAAGUUAACCCUAUUGGCUGCUUCAUCUGAGUCUGAUUCUGAACAGGAAGAAGACUCAAUUGAGGACAGUGUGCGUCGAUACAGAGCAGGGCCCGCCAUCAGUUCAGAUUCCUGUCCAUUAGAGUGGUGGUCCAAACAUGCAGGCUCACACAGCCGGCUGGCCCCCUAUGCACAGAAGUACUUGGCCACACCUGCAACCUCCGUCCCCUGUGAAAGGUUGUUUUCUCUUGCUGGUCAAAUUGUACAGAAGAAGAGAGCAUCUUUAUCAUCUGAAAAUGUAAAUAAUCUUGUGUGCCUUAGCAACUGGCUUAGUGCAGAGGAGUAAAAAACCAUUAAGUUUUAGGAAUCUACAAACUGCACUGAAAGGGUUUUCUGGUUCUUUUUUGACCAAAGGAAAUCCAGUGUAAACAUGGACUUUUCAGACUAGUCCCCUGCAAGUAAAUCCCAGCAGUGAAUUUUUUUGUGCUUCACCUCACUCUAACAGGGAUAUUUGGUACUGAACAUAGACUGGUUAUGCUGCUCCCUGAUAAAAGAAAAAUAUUUCUGCUGUUACCUCAGAAAUUGACUGUUUUAAUGUUAUGAAUGUGGCUCAGGAUUUUGUGGGCAGUUUUUUUCUGCUACCAUUUAAAACAUGCUGAUAUGUUGUGUGUUUAAAAAGUGUUUGCACAACAAAUGUUAUGGCACUUUCGUUCAUAUGGCAGAACAUUUAAAAUAAAAGUGCGCUAUACACUACUUUUGAAUUCAUUAUUGGAUUUUGUGUAUAAAA